UUAAGGAAUUAUUAGACAUUAAUAACUCAAUAAUGUCAAAAGUGCCAGCAGUUAAGUUAAACGAUGGAAGAGACAUGCCAAUUUUUGGCUUAGGCACAUGGAAUUCACCUAAAGGUCAAGUGGAGCAAGCCGUUAAAGAUGCAAUUGAUUGUGGCUAUCGAAUGAUUGACUGUGCACACUGCUAUGGUAAUGAGCAUGAAGUUGGCAAUGCAUUAAAGGAGAAAAUUACUGAUGGAACUGUCAAGAGAGACGACCUUUUCAUCACCACCAAAUUAUGGAACACAUUCCAUCAUCCAAACUCCGUCCGUCCAGCUUUCGAGGUUUCACUCAAGAAUCUUCAACUUGAUUAUGUCGAUUUGUACUUGAUCCACUGGCCGAUGAGCUACAAGGAAGAUGGAGAUAAACUUUUCCCACUUGAUGCUAAUGGAGAGUUUAUUGACGGUGGAGCUGAUUUUGUUGAUACUUGGAAAGCUAUGGAGGAGCUUGUUGACAGCGGAUUAGUAAGAAGCAUUGGAGUAUCGAACUUUAAUGCUAGGAUGAUUGAUAGGGUGCUGAAAAACUCCCGCAUCACGCCAGUCACCAACCAAGUUGAAUGCCAUCCAUACUUAAACCAGCAAAAACUUAAAGCCUACUGUGAAGCUCGCAAAAUUUUAAUCACUGCCUAUUCACCACUAGGCAGUCCAGCUCGUCCAUGGGCUGAAAAAGGAGAGCCUUUGCUGGUUGAAGAACCGAAAAUUGUUGAAAUUGCCAAAAAUCACAGCAAAAAUCCAGCACAAAUCUUAUUGAGAUACCAAGUCCAACGUGGAAAUAUUGUGAUUCCUAAAUCAGUGACUAAAGAAAGGAUUGCAGCUAAUUUUGAGAUUUUUGAUUUUAUGCUGAGUGACAAUGAGGUUAAGGAGAUUGAUGGGCUGGAUUGUGGAAGGCGUCUGUGUCUUGAAUCGGCGGCUAUUAAUCAUCGCGACCAUCCAUUUGCAAAUGAUGAAUAUUAA